CCUUAAGAGGGUUUUUAAAAAUAAUGAGGCAUUUAAUUAAAUCAAAAUUAAAGAAAAUUGCUGUUAUCGAUCCUUAAUAUAGGAUUUCUGUGACCGAUUACAAAGGGGAUUUCUAAGCCACGUGUCAGCAAACUAAAUAAUGAGGGUUUUUUUUUUCUCUCUCCUCUUCUCUUUCGUGCCUCGUCUUCUCUGUCUCCUCUUGUGUUCUCCGCGGGAAGACGAUGGCUUUUUGUUCUCUCCUUCACACCUACAAGGUUCAAACGAAACCUUAAACUCCAUCUCACUUCGUUAGGCCUCCUCUCUACCCGAUAAAUCUCUCUCUGUCUCCUUCUCCGUGGAUCUCUCAUUCGAUCGGAUGAUCUCUCUCCUCCGUUGAGUUUCAGAACUUCUCUGUGGAGAUCGAUGGCCACAUCCGCUCGAAAUAAACCAAAUGUAAAUGUGGGAACAAUUGGGAAUGUAGAACAUGGGAAUACUACUUUAACUGCUGCAAUCAUAAAGGUUCUUGCUGAAGAGGAAAAAGCUAAAGCUAUUGCCUUUGAUGAAAUUGAUAAAGCUCUCCAAGCCAAUGCUUUUGCUCUAGACUGAUUCGGAUGGUCAAUCUAUGUUAAGAUUUGAUCUCGGCAUGAUCUUAAUCGCAACCGAUGAGUUCUCAGCGGGAAAUAAACUUGGACAAGGUGGAUUUGGAUCAUCUGUCUACAAGGUAUGAACUUUUCAUUGUAAAAUAUGUUUUCAAAACAUCUAUAUUUUUUGAUGAUGAACACAAACGUUGGAUACUUACUUGGGAUGUGAGGUGUAGAAUCAUAGCAGGAGUUGCAAGAGGGCUUCUUUAUCUCCAUGAAGAUUCUCAACUGAGGAUUAUUCAUCGAGACUUAAAGGCUAGUAUAGUUCUCUUAGACGCUGAGAUGAACCCUAAAGUUGCAGACUUUGGGAUGGCCAGGUUGUUUAACAUGCAUGAAACUCGUGGAAGUGGUCUUCUGGUCUUGUUAUAUUGUGUCACGCUCAUGUGCAUGUUUGAGAGUUCUCAGUUCAAAGAAAACUUCUCCUUGUUUCAGCAACUAGUUGCAGAUGGUGUCUUUGGGACAUUAUCACCAUCUUCUGUUUCCUCUGUAUCAAAGCUUGAAGAGUUUAAGACACUUGCAAAGCUUGCUUUAUCUGACCCUAACAAAUCCCGUUUAUUGGAAAGCUAUCAGAUGCUCAAGGUUAACGUCAUGUGCUCUUCUUGAACACACAUAGUUUUCUAGUCUUGCGGCUUUGUUCACGUGAAACAUUGCUUCAGGAACAGAGAAAAGAGAUUUAAGACUCUGUUAAUACAACAUCAAGGGCCUCAAACCUGAAUCUAUCUGGUAUUUCUCAGAACAAAGACUUAAUAUAAAAUGUGGCCAAAAGAAAUUUUCUGCAUUAGAAAUUGCUAUCAUUUGCCGGUACAUAAUAUAAAAAAAUGGAAAGGGUUUUAUGUAAGGGGACUUUUUGGCGGUCAUAUACUAUCUUUUUGUUAAUACUA